ACCGCGAUGAGCCAGCAGAGCCUGCGGCUCGCGAGGAAAAGCGGGCCUCGUGCAGCUGGUUGGCUGGCAGACAGCCGCCGCUGUUACUCAGACGCGGGUUCGGGCGUGGGGCUGCUGCUCUCUGCAGCCAGACGCUGCCCUGCUCGCCUGCCAGCCCCAGAGGGAAGCUGGGAGGAAGCGCUGCAGGGCGGCCAGACGAUGCAGCUCCGCUUUUGGCGGUAGGCAUGAUCCCCUUAGAGAGCUCAAGAUGUCUUUCAAGAAGGAGACGCCACUUGCAAAUGCUGCAUUCUGGGCUGCAAGGAAAGGAAACUUGGCACUUCUUCAGUUGUUGUUGAAUAGUGGGCGUGUCGACGUGGACUGCAAAGAUAGUCUUGGUUCAACAGCCCUUAUGGUAGCAUCAUACUAUGGCCACAAAGAAUGUGUACGAGAACUGGUGCUGCAAGGAGCUGAUAUUAAUCUUCAGAGAGAGACUGGAGCCACUGCCCUAUUCUUUGCUGCACAACAAGGCCACAAUGAUAUAGUGAAGUUACUCUUUGAAUAUGGAGCUUCCACAGAAUUCAAAACCAAAGAUGGUGGUACUGCUUUGCUAGCUGCUUGUCAAUAUGGGCACAUGAGAGUGGUGGAUACCUUACUAAAGCAUGGGGCCAACGUACAUGAUGAGCUUUAUGAUGGAGCUACUUCACUUUUCCUGGCUGCUCAGGGAGGUUAUCUGGAUUUAAUUCGGUUAUUACUAUCUUCAGGAGCAAAGGUCAACCAGCCAAGGCAGGAUGGAACAGCUCCGUUGUGGAUAGCUUCUCAGAUGGGACACAGUGAUGUAGUGCGAGUGAUGCUGCUCCGAGGAGCAGAUCGAGAUGCUGCAAGGCUUGAUGGUACAACUGCUUUACUUAAAGCUGCAACCAAAGGUUAUAAUGAAGUUAUAGAGGAAUUACUUAAAUUCUCCCCUGCACUUGGUAUCCUAAAGAAUGGGACAUCUGCCCUUCAUGAAGCAGUUCUUGGUGGCAAUAUUAGAGCAGUAGCAUUACUCUUAGAAGCAGGAGCAGAUCCAAUACUUAAAAACAAGAAAAAUGAAUUGCCUUCAGAUCUGACAAAAAAUGAUCGCAUUCUACGUCUCCUGCAAUCUAGAGCAAAACACAGGAAGAGUUAAUAUCCCUUGACAUCUUGAAACAGCUGAUGAAUCCUGUCCAUAUUAGGUCUCAAAGUUUAGAAGUGAAACAAUGUUGAGAUUCAAGUAUUUCCUGUCUCCUACUCUGAAUGAAGUCAGGUUCUUCAUGGAAUGGUAGAUUUAAGAUCUGUUAAUUUGCUAUGGUCACCAGCUUUUAGUUGCUGGCUUUGGAGUAGAGAAGACUGGUUCCAUGUUAUAGUUUCCCUGAAAAGCAGGUCUUAUUCUACUGGAAAAAGACUCUUUCCUUUAGUAUACUGUAUCUUUGAAGUAAUUUUCCUAAUUAGUCUCCAAUGUUGUAAUAAGUAGUAAUGUAGGUAUGCAAAAUAUACCUCUCCAACUGUUGCUGAACUACAACAAUCAGAUGGAAAUUAUAAGAGGUGCUGGGAGUCACACUUAAUUAAUAACUUGCAGGUCACAUAUUAUCCUAAUUCUAACCAUUUUUAAAAAAAAUGUUGCAUAGGCUUAUUUUCUGUAGGCUAUUUUAGAUGUUGAGAUACGUAAGUGCCUCUCAAUAGAUUAGCAGCCUAUGACGUGUCUGGCUUCUUUGCAGUGAUUAGAUUACUUUCAUUUUACACAGAGAGAGAGAGAGAAAGAGAGAGAUAGAGAUACAAACACAUAAGACUAAAUUUCCUUUUGUAUAAUUUAUUACUGUUAACCGCAGACUUCUAUGCAGAUUUCCUAUUAUGUAUGUAAUUUUGUGUUUUGUGUAUUUUUUCUAUUAGGCAUGUGUAAAAUCAUAUUUUUCUUUUAUGUAUUACAAUAUAAUUUCAUGUUUUUUACAUCUAGGAAAAGCAAAAUUUACUGAUUGCAUUUUGUCACACACUUUAUGCAUUACAACAGAUUUAAUGGAUGUCAAAUAAGUUUUUGAAAAUCUGCAGAAUGUACAUUGGUAGCAGGCCAAUAAAGACAUGAAAUAAGAAUUAAAUAGAAUUACUUUCAUUUAGACUAAGGU